AUGUCACAUUACUCUCACUUGGUCUUGUCUGAAGAAAUAAUAUUUCUGAGGGAAAUACAUAUGGAUACUGAACAGCCUGCUAAUAAGGUGUCUCAAAGAUUACAGAACGAAUUGAAACAACUAUAUGUUGAAAAGGUUUUGCCUGCGUGUAAAACUGAUAGCAAAGUAGAAAUUGAGUAUGCCACUUCCAUUAUCGCUUCUCCCCAACGUGAACCACUAACGCUAGAAAAUCAGAAAGGAAAUCCUUCAAGCGAGAUGAAUAAAAAUGCAAGAUCACAACCUGUUCGUGAUAACUAUAGUCGUGAAAGCAUGCUAAGCCCAAAAAUUCAUUCAGUUACACACAUUUUAAUAGCAACACCUAAUAAACCUAUUAUUACGAAAGCAACAUAUGUUGAAUAUUCUGCACACAUAAUUAGUGCUUUUAAUUCAACGAUACAUCUUGUCAAGGGAACUAUUGAAGAACAAGCAUAUGAAAAAGUCAAAAACAUACUCCAGAUGGGAAACAAAUUGGUUAUAAAUGAUUUGAUAGUCAAAAAGCUCGAAAACAUAUUUCAAGCAAGUUAUUCUGAAAUUGAAUCUAAAAUAAUUUCAGAAACAAAGAUUGAAGAUAAUCAAAUGACGGAAGAAGAUAGAAAAAGAUAUAAGAUUACUCAAAGAAGUAAACAAAAUGUUUUUGAGAAAUUUGGGGAACGAAAGACAGAUUUAUUCAUUCUCAGAUUAUCAGAUGCAAGUGAGUUGUUAAACGUUGAAGUGUCUAGACCUCCUUAUAGAUCUACAAAAAAACAUAUUAUUGGUGAUGUAAAAAAACUAUUAGUGAUGGCUAUUUGCAGUCUAUGUCGACUAUUUAGCAAUAACCUUGAUUAUGAUAUUGGAGAUGCAAAAAUGUUAAAACUUAUAGCAUCCAGGUCAUAG